AUGAUUGGUCGGAGGAUAUUAGCUGCUGCAUUGCUGCCGCUCGCUUGUAUAGCCCAGCAAAUACCAAUCGUUGGUAUUCCUCCAAGCGAUGGGCAAGCUCCGCCUCCAAGAAAGAACAUCAACGAUUUGCAAAGCCAAGGCGGUCCAGAAUGGGACCUGUUUAUCUUGGGUUUGGCGUCAUUACAAGAACAGUCCGAGACUGAUCCCCUUUCUUACUUCCAGCUGAUGGGAAUUCAUGGGGCGCCGUACAAGUCCUGGAAUGGGGUAGAAGGGGUCAAGGCUGGUGGUUACGGAGGUUACUGCUGCCACGGUGACGUGUGCUUUGGACUUUGGCACCGCCCGUUCUUAUCUCUCUAUGAGCAAACACUCAACACGCACGUGCAGAGGAUAGCAGGCAGCUAUCGAGGACAAAACGCAGCCGCAUACCAGGCGGCCGCGCAAAGAGUGAGGUUUCCUUACUGGGACUGGGCGGUCGACGCCAAGCUCCCGCCGUCCGUCACCAUGAAGACCAUCUCGAUCACCACGCCACAGGGCAUACAGACUAUCCGCAACCCGUUGUACAGCUACAAGUUCAGGCGGUCCUUUUCAGAUCUUGGCAUGCCCAACGAUAGCAUCGCGGCGCGGUUCACGGAGACCAAGAGAGGCCCGCAAAACAACGGCUCGGAGAAUAUCGAUGGCAUCAACGCCGAACUUGAGCGAUAUGGCGGAACUCUGAGGAGUCAGGUUUACAAUGUCUUUAGCCAGACCAUAACCUAUGAGCAGAUGGCGACAGAUUCCUUCCCUGGAAGCAGUUUCGAGUCGCCACACAACACAGUCCACAACAUUGCCGGUUCCGGUGGCCAUCUUAUGUGGCUGGACUGGUCGGCUUUUGAUCCAGCCUUCGCCCUACAUCACUGCAACAUUGACAGGCUCGUUGCCCUGUGGCAGGCCAUCAACCACGAGAAGACCGUCUUCAACGGCUCCGUCCGCACAAACGGCCAGUUCGCCACAGCCCCAGGCUCCUUCACCGCCGACUCGCCCCUGAAGCCCUUCUACGCCAGCGCCAGCCCGGGCGACUUCCACACCACCCGCACCGUGGCCGACAUCACCAGGCUGGGGUACACAUACCCGGAGCUGCUUCCGCCGGCAGGUGAGGAUGUCUCCACCAAAGAGGACCUCGGCCGCCUGGUAAGAAGCAGGGUCAACGCACUCUACGGCAACGGCGUGGUGGUCGCCCAGUCCGAAGACGCGCCCGCGGGGAGCAAGUCUGUCCGGAGGAGGGCAGACGGCAUCCCGGAGCGCAAGAUUCGGAACGGCAAGGCGCGCAACAAGGACAGGACCGGGGCGCGGAGGGACUACCAGCUGCUGGUUCAGGCGACGCGCGACCUCCUCGAGCUCCCCUGUCGCAUCCAAGUCUUUGUCGGCGACCAGCCAGUCGGGCAGGUGUCGCUCAUGGCGUCGCCUACCACCGGCGUCAGCUUCUCCGUGCUGCCGCUGGCCGAGGUGCUCGCGGAGCGUGGCAUUGACGACUGGAGUGAGCGUGCUGUGUUACCCAUGCUCGAGAAGGAGCUCAAGGUUGAGGUGCGCACGUACGACGGUACCAAGAUCUCGGCUAGAUCUGUGCCGGGCCUGGAUCUCGAGGUUCAGAGCAGGACUUAUACACCCAAGAAGAACAACUAUGAAUUCCCCAAGUUUCAUACACCCAACAAAGUUUCGAUGCGCGUCGCGGCGGUUUAG